CAAUUUUACCGUAUACUACACCACCACCACCACUUAUAUUUCUGCUAUUCCUUUCUCCUCUUCUUCUAUUUUUACUACCAAUCAAAAUCAAUUAAUGACAGUUGAUGAUUUAACUCGAAUUCUCAGAGAUAUAAAGGUUAGGAAACAAGUGCGUCAUAAUAAUGUUGAAUUUUAA